GAAUCCAAGCAAAAACAAUAUUUCGAGCAAAGGAAACAACAUCACCAGCACCACACAACUGGCUUUGAGAGCUAUGCUGAUGGAAGACGCUCAUACACAGAAAAUAACAGAUCGCUUGAUAUACUUAGCCUGGCAAAUGUAUCAGCUGCAGAUCAAGAACUCGCAGCCAGUCGCGUCAAUG